AUGGUGUUUCAUGUUUAUGUUUAUGCGUUUGGUGACAACGUUGACCAGAUUCUAUGGUCAAGAUGUCAACUUUUUACUCUCGCAGAGAUUCAAUCGGCAACCAACAACUUCGACGACACUUUAGUGAUUGGUCGUGGAGGAUUCGGCAAGGUGUAUAAAUCUUCCACCAAUAACUUGUCAGAAGGUGAAAUUGCAAUUAAACGACUGGAUCCCACGUCCACCCAAGGAGCCCAUGAAUUCGAAGCGGAAGUUGAAGUCCUUUCGAAGCUCAGACAUCGUAGUCUCGUAUCCCUAAUUGGUCACUGCAAUGAAGAAAAAGAGAUGGUCCUCGUUUACGAGUUGAUGCCGAAUGGGACACUUGCAGAUCAUCUUCGCAAACCUGAUUUUUCCUUAUCCUGGUUACAACUACUCAAGAUAUGCAUAGGAGCAGCUAAGGGUUUAGAGUACCUUCACUAUGUUACAUCAACCGGAGUCAUACACAGGGAUGUGAAGUCAUCCAAUAUUUUGUUGGAUGCAGACUUUAAAGCUAAAAUUUCUGACUUCGGAUUGGCUAAAACUUGCCCAAGAGACCUAACUCAUGUCAGCACCGCUGUGAAAGGGACAUUUGGGUAUCUGGAUCCGGGCUAUUUCUAUACCGGAAAAUUGACAAGAAAAUCUGAUGUUUACGCGUUUGGGGUUGUACUGCUUGAAGUGUUGUCAGGGAGAAAGGCCGUAGACACAACCCUUGAUGAAGAGCAAUGGGGUUUAGCAGGUUGGGCUCAACAACAAAUCAAACAGGGAAAACUCGAUUGUAUUGUUGAUCCGAGACUGAUGGGGCAAAUCUCCAAUAAAUGCUUGAAGAAGUUUGCAAGCUUAGCAGGCCACUGUGUUGACAUCCAACCAGAAAAGCGCCCUACGAUGAGGGAGGUUGUCAAGAAGCUCAUUUCUAUUCUUUUACAAGAAAGCAAAAGCGCCAAUUCUGUUAUUAAUGAAGAGGGAUUCAUUUCCAUGCUAAGAUCUAUUUUCAGAGGCAAAUUCAAAUUUGAAUUGGAAGAAUAA